AUGUCUACUUCCUUAAUCGACACCAAUUCACCUUCUACUUCCACUCAUUCUUUCACAAAAUACCAUAAGAUAACAGAUUCUUACCCCACUCACUUUUCAUGGCUACGAAAGUUUGAUUGUUUUAGACUUUUCUUUUACACUUCUGCAAGUGGUCACUUCAAACGUACCACAAACGCGUGGUAUAGAACUCAUGGAUAUCACCCGCCCAUUGAUGUCUGGCUUGUGUUAAUGUGGGUUAUUUUUCUUACUUUGGUGAUGGGUUACUUUGGAUUUUCGCUUCAAUUUAUAGAAGAUGAUAAGUAUUAUACGAAAGAAUUCUUUAGAGAAGACGGAGGAAUACAUAAUAAUGUUCAUAGACAAAAGUCAACUUGGAAUUUUCUAGGAUUUUUAUUUUCUCUUAUUAUAAUUUUUACAAGCGUAAAAGUUUCGUUGACUGAUACAUCUGACAAAAGAGUUAUGAAAGGGGAUAUAGAGAGAGAUAUGACAUAUGCUAGGAUGAAAGGAAUACCAGUUGUUGUUGAUGACUUAAUGGAUAUGACAACCGUAGAAUAUUUAAGUCAUCAACAACAAAGGAGAUAUUAUAGUGAUAAUUAUGAGGAUGAGGAUGAUGAAAAUCCAUGGAGAAGACCUUAUUAUAAUAAUCCAUGGAAAAGGUGGAUAAUGGGUUUAGUCAGGAAG